AUGUCGUCAACGUGUGGUAGAGAGGGUGGCGACUACCUCCGUGGUCGUCGACUGCUGCUCAUGGAGGUUGCCGGCGAAGAAGAUCUGAAGAGAAGGGGGGGAUACUUCCAGCAAGAAAUAUAUCGAAGAGUUAGUGCCGGGUUAGCCGAAAAUCAAAGUUUAUCAGAAGCUUGGUCUAAAAUUCCUGAAAAAUUAGCUUUUUAUGAUUAUAUCGGGAAUAAUCCCGCAAAAGGUGGAUUAUUCAGAGCGGGUUCCAUGGACAACGGGGAUGGAAUAGCUGUUGGGUGGUUAGGACACCCUGUUUUUAGAGAUAAAGAAGGGCGCGAACUUUUUGUACGCCGUAUGCCGACCUUUUUUGAAACAUUUCCGGUUGUUUUGGUAGACGGAGACGGAAUUGUUAGAGCCGAUGUUCCUUUUCGAAGAGCAGAAUCGAAGUAUAGUGUUGAACAGGUCGGUGUAACUGUUGAGUUCUAUGGCGGUGAACUUAGGAUGAAAUUGGUGUCCUAA